AUGUGGAAUUCACAAGCCGCUACCCUCAGGGAAUCAAUCAACACUCAUUGCUGGGAUGAUGCGUACGGGGCAUUCAAGGACAAUGCAACCGAGACCUCUCUACACCCACAAGACGCCAACAGCAUGGCAAUUCUGUUCGGUGUGGUGAACCGCGAGCGCGCAGCUAGCAUUUCAGAGAAGCUCCUCGAAAACUGGACGCCAAUUGGAGCCGUUGCUCCCGAGUUGCCCGAGAACAUAGUCUCGUUCAUUUCCUCCUUUGAGAUCCAGAGCCACUUCAUUGCUCACCAGCCUGCACGGGCAUUGGAACUUAUUCGACGCAGCUGGGGCUGGUAUAUCAAUAAUCCAAACGGAACAGAGAGCACCGUUAUUGAAGGGUAUCUCCGGAACGGGACGUUCGGGUAUCGCAUGGAUCGUGGGUAUGGAUUUGAUCCAUCGUAUGUUUCACAUGCUCAUGGCUGGUCGUCCGGACCAACGUCUGCAUUGACGGAGUAUAUUGUCGGUCUUUCUGUGGUCUCACCACUGGGUGAGACUUGGAAAAUUGCGCCUCAGUUUGGGGAUCUGGAGUUUGCUGAGGCUGGCUUCGUCACUACUCUUGGAAAGUUCAAGGCGUCUUGGAGGAAGCAAUCAAAUGGGUAUUUGUUGGCAUUCUCAGUGCCGAAGGGUACUGUUGGUAAUGUCACUUUGCCCUAUGUGGUAGCCUUGAAGAAGCCUUCAAUCACCAUCGAUGGCGACCAAUUGACUAGAGGCGUUGCUUAUGUCGAUGAGACCGCAACUUUUGAAGUUACUGGUGGCUCUCACGAGGUCGUUGUGAAGUAG